AUAUAUGGAUGAAAUAUUCAAUAAUGCAUUCUUAUAAAGAGGUAACAUUAGCUAUUGACGUCGCUCGCACGUCAUCGAUAAAUACAAGGUGUCCCGAAAACCUGAACCAAUAGAGUCUUCAUAGUCAUUUAUCCAUUAAUCCCAAUGCCCGAUCGCAAUUUUCGGGACACUUAAGUACAGGAGAAGAAUGUCAAGCAGGCUCAAAGGGUAAAACACGAGUUGUAUGCGACCAGGCGCACAACUCUGUCGGGCGGUUCAUCAGUCGGCAGGCAUAAGCGGCUGACACGCGCCUGGUAGGUCCUCGGCAGGGGUGGGGAAAAGGCAGCCGGACAAGAUCAGUAGCGUGAAUAUCGAUUCAGUCUCGCGCAAACCACCCCCAUGUGCUGCCUGCAGCGCACUUGUACUCCGCUUUGCUGCCAUGCCCGUUGUAAUAAACAACAAAAACGCACGACGACGCGAAUAUUGUCAAUACAAAGUGGCCCGUCGUCGUCGUUAAAAACACGUUAAUAGAAGAAACGAACGAGAUCAACGAUAUCGUCAUCGUCGAAGACGCCAAUCGGAUACUCCGAUUAUGUGGCGCCGAUCGUGAUUAUUGAUUCUAAGGGUGACGUGUUGGUUUUUCCCAUUUUUUUUCUAAAAUCUAGAGGAGAGAAUUCAUUGCAGCGCUAAGAAAAGGAAAGUAGCGCGCGCUUUCAUCAUCCCUUCGUGUCAUCGCCGUUAUCACCCUCUUUGCGAGCGCGUCGCGCGAACAGGAAGCGCCGCCGCUGCCGGCGCGUGGCGUUAUUAUUCGGAAAGGAAGCUCAUUCUCCAUCUACGUGAGACUACUAUCUCAACGUCAAAUAUGAUGCGACCUCGUCAUUCGCAGACCGAGCUGUGCUACUCUUGACUACGAAUCACAGGCGCCGAGGAACAAGUGCGGAACGAGACGAGAGCUGACGAGUACCCCAUCGAGGUGGUACCAUGUCUUCGAUAUCAGCGCAGGGUGUCGUCGAACGUGCCAGCGCAGAAUUGACCAAACGAAUUAACGGCCUGGGAUUGCGGACGUCGAAGCAUCAUGGGAGCGGAAAGACCAGUGUCAUGGAACGCGUGACAAACGUCUUUUGUGGCGGAAGUGGCAGUGUCGCUUACAUGAAUUUGCAAAGCGCGAAUAAUGCAAACGCAACGCCCGAAAAGCCCAGCCGAAGUGUCGCGCAGACUAUUAACAAUGUAUCGACGGGCAACAAUAAGGAACGUUUGAAUAAUGUCACCCCAAGCAGAGCUAGAAUACCCAGGAACAGAAUAAAAAUGGCUGUACCGCUGGCUAGCGGAGGAACCGGAGGAUACGUACCACCAGUUACGUGGGAGCAGCUAAUACAGGAUGACAAUUUCCUCGGCCGGUUUUUUCUCUAUUUCAGUCCUACAGAGAGAAGAAUUUUAGCUCAGGUUUGUACGAGAUGGAGAGACAUUCUGUAUGCAAGACCGCGUCUUUGGGCGGGUUUGGUGCCAGUGAUACGAUGCCGUGAAGCUCGCGCUAUGCAGCCGACCUUGCGUACCCGGUUAUAUGCUUCCUUAAUAAGAAGAGGUUUUGACUCCUUGGUCCUUCUAGGUGCGACCGAUGAAGAUAUUCCGGAAUUAACACGCGGUUUUCCAUUGGCACAACGAUACGUGCAUUCUUUGUCAUUACGAUGCUGCGCGGUAACGGAUAGAGGUCUAGAGGCUCUUUUGGAUCACUUACAGGCUUUGUACGAGCUUGAAUUAACUGGCUGCAAUGAAAUAACGGAAGCUGGAUUAUGGGCAUGCCUCACCCCUAGAAUAGUAUCAUUGUCUUUGUCGGAUUGCAUCAAUGUGGCCGAUGAGGCCGUCGGUGCCGUGGCUCAGCUAUUGCCAAGUCUUUACGAAUUUUCUCUGCAAGCUUAUCACGUUACUGAUGCUGCGCUUGGUUACUUCAGUGCAAAGCAAAGCAGUGCACUUAGCAUCUUGAAAUUGCAGUCCUGCUGGGAGCUCACAAAUCACGGCGUAGUAAAUAUUGUACAUUCCUUGCCCAAUCUGACUGUGUUGUCACUUUCUGGAUGCAGUAAAGUGACUGACGACGGUGUCGAAUUAAUUGCGGAAAACUUGCCAAGACUUCGUUGCUUAGACCUGAGCUGGUGCUCAAGGAUUACAGAUGCAGCCUUAGAAUACAUUGCCUGUGAUUUGAAUAAUUUAGAAGAACUCACGUUAGAUAGGUGUGUACACAUCACGGAUAUUGGUGUCGGUUACAUUUCAACGAUGGUAUCGUUGAGCGCUUUGUUUUUAAGAUGGUGUUCGCAACUUAGGGAUUUCGGACUUCAACAUUUAUGCGUAAUGAGAUCUUUGCAGGUGUUAUCCGUGGCAGGUUGCCCAUUGCUGACAAGUAGUGGUUUAUCCAGUCUGAUUCAGCUUCGACACUUACACGAGUUAGAACUAACUAACUGUCCAGGAACAUCGCGAGAAUUGUUUGAUUACCUACGUGAACAUCUACCGCGUUGCCUAAUCAUCGAAUAAACGAUGUUUAAUGAAAAUAUAUCCGCGACAAAAUAAGAUUCUUUAUAUGCGAAUGUAGAUGUAUGUGUCAAACAAGGAGUGUUAAGCUGCGAGGAAUAGAUCUUAUAACUGCAGGAAUUUCGCAGAAAGCAAUACUUUGAAUGAAAAACAAAAACGGUAUAAUUGAAGAGAGCAGUAUAAACAGAUAAGAAGCAACUGAGACGUCCAAAUAAUAUGAAAGAACAAUAUGUUUUUUCCUCGUAAUGGUCUAAGAAAAAAAACACUAGCCCUCAAAACGUGCAAAAUAUUAACGCAUAGACAAUUUUUAAUAACGUCCCAUGCACUUUCGUUCGUAUUUUUUUAUUCGGCCAUGUAAUCACACAUUACGGGCAUGUAAGAUUGCAAUUUGUGUCUAAUAUCGAUUAGACGAAGCAUAAAAGAGACUCUCAUGCCUAUGUAUUGUAAUGAUCUUGUACAGAAGAAUUGAAUUAUCUCGAUAUUGUACAUUAGAAGAGAUUGAUAACGCAUCAGAAAGAAGAGAGUCCUUCUUUUUUUGCUUCUAGUAAUGUAGAGAAAGCUCGAGUAAACGUAUAUGGCAAGAGACUCAACAGUUAGGACUGUGAUAAAUUUAUAUUGUUCGUAAUUCUAAUUGGUUCGCAUACAUUUAAACGAUUAAGUCAUCCGAGUGCAUCCGAGGCACGCACACAAAAGUCGUGAAGCAAUUGAGUAAUUGUUCGAGUAUGUAUCGAUUAUAUUUAAUUGUUGCUCGAUUGCUGAUCUCCGCCGAAUGCGCCCAUUUAAAAAGUGCGCAUCGUCCCAUUUUUUGCGAUCGUAGCUGCAACACAUUACACACAUGUUGCUUGAAAGAAAGUAGCAAAUACCGAUUACACAGAAGGUAACAUUCCAAGCCAUUUUAUCCUCAGCAACCUCUAUUCAUAAAUACGUGAUUCGUGUUAUUUGUUUGACGAUACAUAUUGUAGAUGAAGAAUUGAGGUUCACUAUUUAUUGCACCCACAAUAAUGUGGUAACAUCGUCAUUUAUACGUUACCUUUAUAUAUAUAUACAAAUAUAUCCCUGUGCAAUUAGUGUUUUCUAAAUUUAAGACUUUUCGCUAGGUAUAUAUUCUUUGUGGUUUUUGACUAAGUAUACAUCUAUUUAAUGUAACAUAUAAUUAGGCAAAAUAUUUUGCAUGCGUUUUAAAUGGAUAAUUUUAACAAUUUAUAUUACGUCGAUAUAUGUAUUUAUAUAUCCUUUAUUAAUAUUGUAUCAAAUAAGUAGUCUAUUAAUGUAUCAUAAUUUAAUGAUUAAACUAGUACAUCAUAUUUAUCAAUUUAAUCGAGCGCUGCAUGUUUGAGUUGUGUAUUAGGACAACAGCAAUAAUAUGCCAAAAAAAUACGUCCUAAUUUGUCUAAAACACAACUUCAAAAGAUGCAGUGUGGCAUAUAUUGUGCAAUCAGUAUUAUAUAUUUAUAUAUUUUCUAAAUUUAAGAUGUUUCAUUAGCUUCUUUUUUGUCGUUAUAAAUUAAGUAUAUAUUAAUGUAAUUAGGUAAACUACUUUGCUAAGAAUAAUUCUUAAAUUUAGAAAACAUUUUUUGCGCAAUAUAUCACUACAUGUCUAAUAUCUUUCAUAAAAUCCAUUUUUAUAAUAAGUUUUAUCAGAAUGCUAUGUAUUUUUUAUUUACUACAGUCUCGGUAAUAAUUCUAGCAUUCAAUUCUAAGAUUAAUUCUAUUAAAUUGAGUUAUGAAGUAGAUGAUCUCUCAAAGCAAUCUGAUAAUUGUGUGCAAAUAUAAUUUCUACGUGUUGUCACAUGUUUAGCACAUAUGCCUUUGUACAUAUUGUACAAAUUAUACUUGAUAAUUCUGUUAUCAAUCAAAACUGAGCAUAGAUAUAUCUACACAGGUGGUUAUAUUGGAAAACUAAAUCACAUUAUGAAAUAUCAUUCACAGAUGCAACGUUAACUGACGAUACAAAAUAAUAUGAUGGAAUGUGCUGUAAAAUAAAAAUUUAUUGACCAGA